GUGGCGUCACUUUCUUUGUGGCCUUGUACGACUAUGAAGCUAGAACAUCAGAUGAUCUUUCAUUCAAAAAAGGAGAUCGCUUCCAAAUCAUCAACAACACAGAGGGAGACUGGUGGGAGGCUCGCUCCAUCAACACGGGGAAAGGUUACAUCCCGAGCAAUUAUGUGCCCCUGGACUCCAUCCAGGCUGAAGAGUGGUACUUUGGUAAGAUGGGACGCAAAGACGCUGAGAGGCUGCUGCUGAAUCCAGGGAACAAUCGAGGAACGUUCCUGGUGCGAGAAAGUGAAACUACUAAAGGUGCUUACUCUCUCUCCAUACGGGACUGGGAUGAUGCCAAAGGAGACAACGUGAAGCACUACAAGAUCCGCAAGCUGGACAGCGGGGGAUACUACAUCACCACGCGAGCACAGUUCGAUACAUUACAGAAGCUUGUCAAACACUACACGGAACACGCUGACGGGCUCUGCCACCGGCUGACCACCGUUUGUCCCACGGUCAAGCCUCAGACCCAAGGGCUGGCUAAAGACGCCUGGGAGAUUCCUCGAGAGUCCCUGCGACUGGAGCUCAAACUGGGCCAAGGCUGCUUUGGAGAGGUCUGGAUGGGCACGUGGAACGGCACCACAAAGGUGGCCAUAAAGACGCUGAAGCCGGGCACCAUGUCCCCAGAGGCCUUCCUGCAAGAGGCUCAGAUCAUGAAGAAGCUGAGGCACGACAAACUGGUGCCUCUUUAUGCUGUGGUGUCCGAGGAGCCCAUUUAUAUCGUCACAGAGUACAUGGCUAAAGGAAGCCUGCUUGACUUCCUCAAAGAGGGUGAUGGAAAGUUUCUGAAGCUCCCAUUGUUGGUGGACAUGGCUGCACAGAUUGCAGACGGCAUGGCUUUUAUCGAGAGGAUGAACUACAUCCACAGGGACCUGCGUGCUGCCAAUAUUCUUGUGGCCGACAACCUGGUGUGCAAGAUCGCUGACUUUGGUUUGGCCAGGUUGAUAGAGGACAAUGAGUACACAGCCAGACAAGGAGCCAAAUUCCCCAUUAAAUGGACGGCCCCCGAGGCCGCUCUCUACGGCCGCUUCACCAUCAAGUCAGACGUCUGGUCCUUUGGGAUCUUACUCACCGAGCUGGUCACCAAAGGCAGAGUGCCCUACCCGGGGAUGGUGAACCGAGAGGUACUGGAGCAGGUUGAGCGAGGCUAUCGCAUGCCCUGCCCCCAGGGCUGCCAGUCCCUGCACGAGAUGAUGAAGCUGUGCUGGAAGAAGGAGGCGGACGAGAGGCCGACGUUCGAGUACCUCCAGUCCUUCCUGGAGGAUUACUUCACCGCCACAGAGCCACAGUACCAACCCGGAGAGAACCUAUAGCCUGCCUGGACGCCUGGAAGUGGACGCGGUUAUUGAAAGAAGGAAAAACAAGAGCUCUUAAUUAUUCACUUGAUCAGAAA